UCAGCUGAACUGUGAUGCCACCAUGUCUAUCCACUGUGAACUGCUCAUACUGGUACUUGCGCUGACUCUUCAUGGUCAAGUUCAUACAGGCAAAAUCAUUGGAGGUCACGAGGCUGAUGCACAUAGCAGGCCAUACAUGGUGCUUUUGGAGGGGCACAUGGAGAGUGGUAAAAUAAAACGCUGUGGUGGCUUCCUUCUGAGUGAGGAUUUUGUGAUGACUGCAGCCCACUGCCAAGCCAGCUCCUACACUGUCAAACUAGGAGUUCACAAGAACAGUAAAGACGAGAUAAUACAGAACAUAAAGGUGGAGCACUCAUUUCCAGGCAAAGACUACGAUGAAACAAAUCACAUUAAUGAUAUAAUGCUUCUUAAGUUGAGCUCCAAGGCAAAAUUAAACAACAAUGUGGGAAUCAUUGCUCUCGCAAGCCAAAGUGAUGGCUCUCUGCCAACAUCAUGUCAAGUCUCCGGCUGGGGAAUAGCUGACAGGACCACCACUUAUAUGUCUCCGGUACUUAGAGAAGCCAAUGUAACACUGAUUGACGAUCAGCGGUGUGUUGCGUACAACAUAUACUGCUCCAAGGGAGAGACUGGACCAUGGAAGGGAGACUCUGGUGGUCCACUGAUCUGCGAAGAUGGAAAGGCAUACGGGGUGGUGUCCUUCAACUUCACACCCGCACCAGAAGGCCCAACAAUACAUAGUUAUACUAAGAUUCCUGAAUACAGAAGCUGGAUUGAUUUGAUUAUGGAAAUCUGAGACGUGUAACUAUUGAUAGAUCAAAUCAUAACAUUUGAAUGUACUGUUUGUGACACUUUGGAGAGCUGAUAAUUGAGAUAUUAUUAUCACAACUUAUUCGGUCAGACCAAAGUCUGGAUUUGCUUGCUUUACACAGAUUUAAUGAAAAUGUGCUUCACUUUGAUGUUUUCAAAUUAUACAAAUUAUUUUAUUGUUUAUUGUUUUCCUGCUGUUGGGGAACUUGACAACUAAAUUUAGUGUGAAUAAACUUGAAAUUAUUCUAAGCAAAUAUA